AUGUUUGCGUGGUCUCUGUUAUCGCUAGUCUAUGGUGGCAGUCACAUGAUUUUGCUGUUUUGAUUAUACAAUUUGACAGUUUGACUCAUAUAUUUGCCUUGAAGGGCUUAUUGCCUUCUUACGAACUGUUCGUUACUGUUUUAUUGUAAAUGUGAAGUGUUAUUGUAAUCAGGCUUAUUUGAGAGUGAUUUAAAUAAUGUUUAGGUCAUCGACUGCAAAUUUCGAUAGGUUAUUAGAUAAAGCUACCAGUAAUUUGCGUUUGGAACCAGACUGGCCGGCGAUUCUACAGAUUUGUGAUCUUAUUAGACAGGGCGAUGUCCCGCCCAAGCAUGCCCUUGCAUCAAUUAAGAAAAAACUGAACAAUCCGAACCCACACAUCGCAAAGUUUGGACUGCAGGUGCUGGAGUCGUGCGUGAAGAACUGCGGGAACCUGAUCCAGGACGAGGUGGGCACCAAGCAGUACAUGGAGCAGCUGCGAGAGCUGGUUCGCAGCACCGCCCACGACGAGGUCAAGAACAAGGUGCUGGAGCUCAUCCAGGCCUGGGCCUUCGCCUUCCGGAACAGCCCCAAGUACCGAGCUGUGCAGGACACGGUGAACAUAAUGAAGGCGGAAGGCUGCAAGUUCCCGGCCCUAAACGAGAGCGAUGCCAUGUUCUCUGCCGAUACUGCGCCCGAGUGGGCGGAUGGCGACUGCUGCCAUCGCUGUCGAGUGCAGUUUGGAGUGGUGCAGCGCAAGCAUCACUGUCGCGCAUGCGGGCAAGUCUUCUGUGCCCAAUGUUCGUCCAAAACAUCUACCGUGCCAAAAUUCGGUUUCGAGAAGGAAGUAAGAGUGUGUGAUGCAUGCUACGAUGUAAUUAACAGGCCAUCCACAAGCACUGCACCAAGCAAGAGUGAUGUGGAGCUGCCCCCGGAGUAUGUUUCAAGCUCUCUGGCACAGCAAAAUCAGGCUCCUCCGCGGAAGACCGAGGAAGAGCUGCGGGAGGAGGAAGAGCUGCAGUUGGCUCUCGCUCUGUCCCAGUCGGAAGCCGAGCACAAGGAAAAAGAGAAGAAGCGCACAGCCACUAUGAUGUCAAGUGCAGCUGCUAAUCGAGCAAGAACAUAUUCUCCACCGCCAAGCACGCAGCGGGACGCCAGCCCGGCGCAGGACGACCCCGAGCUGGCGCACUACCUGAACCGCGCCCUCUGGAACCAGCGCAAGGCCAGCGCGGAGAAGGAGGCGCUGGAGCGGGAGGUCACCAGCCCGUCAGCCCCCGCCAACACCUCCAGCCCCCUCGCUGCCCUGGUAGUCAAGCACAAGCAAGAGAAUGGUGAGGUAGAUGCUGACAUGGAAGAUUUUGUGAUUAACCUCAAGAGCCAAGUGGAAAUAUUUGUAAAUCGCAUGAAAUCCAACUCCAGUCGUGGGCGCUCCAUUGCGAACGACAGUUCCGUCCAGACAUUGUUCAUGACCAUCACGGCUAUGCAUUCUCGCCUGCUUCGAUACAGCCAGCAACAGGAUGACAAGCGAGUGUACUUCGAGGGGCUGCAGGACAAGCUGACCCAAGUGAAGGACGCGCGCGCGGCUCUGAACGCCCUCCGCGAGGAGCACCAGGAGAAGCUGCGGCGCCAGGCCGAGGAGGCGGAGCGGAUACGCCAGCUGCAGAUGGCGCACAAGCUGGAGAUCAUGCGCAAGAAGAAGCAGGAGUACCUGCAGUACCAGAGAGAGCUGGCGAUCCGGAGGAUCCAGGAGCAGGAGCGAGAGAUGCAGAUGAGGCAGGAGCAGCAGAGGCAGCAGUACAUGAUGUCUGGCAUCCCGUACCCCAUGCAGCAUGCUCCCCCCGGUUUUGCUCCUGGUGUUGAUGGUGCAGCUGUGCAUGGUCAGUUUGGUCCUGGCCAGAUGAUGCCUGGGAGUCCUUACCCCACCACCAGUGCACCAGGAACCCUCCUUCACAACUACCAGCCGCCGUUCGUCGUAGCAGGCAUGACUGGCCCACCGGUUCCUGGUCAGAAUGUUCCUGUACCGAUGCAGGGAUCAUCUCUCAGGGGUCCUGUUCUCAUACAAGGCCAUCCACAUCCCAUGAUGCGUGGCCCUAUGAUGCCGGGCCAGAUGGGACUGCACGGGCAUUUACCUGGGCCUAUGCCCGGCCCGGGGCAGCCGGGCUCCAUGCACAGUGCUCAAGGGCCCAUGCCUGGCCCAGGACAAGUCAUGCCCAAUCCGGCACAAGUGCCCAUGCCUGGGCAGGCCACCCCAGGACAGCAGAGUCAAAUGCAGCAUGGUCAAGGUCCCAUGCCCGCCCAAGGACAGCAGGGUCCCAUGCAGCAUGGUCAAGGUCCCAUGCCCGCCCAAGGACAGCAGGGUCCCAUGCAGCAUGGUCAAGGUCCCAUGCCCGCCCAAGGACAGCAGGGUCCCAUGCAGCAUGGUCAAGGUCCCAUGCCCGCCCAAGGACAGCAGGGUCCCAUGCAGCAUGGUCAAGGGCCCAUGCCCGGUCCAGGACAGCAGGGUCCCAUGCAGCAUGGCCAAGGGCCCAUGCCCGGUCCAGGCCAACAUGGUCCGGUGCCCAUGCCUGGCCCAGGACCUGCCCAGCAGGUGCAAGGGCCUAGGCCACUCCAGCACCCGGUACAGGUACCGCAGGCACCCGCCCAGCCCCCACAGGGCCAGUUCCAACAGCAGCAGACCGCGGAGCUCAUCAGCUUUGAUGACUAGUGAGCGUCGUUUUAUCUUCCUGCUGUCUGUGCAACACAGUUAUUACACCAUUUUAAAAUUUUAGCAUAGUAUUCUACUGGGAGUAAAAUAAAAUUAGUGCUUUCCAAAUAAUUUCCUGUAGUAGGCAGAUUAUACAGUUGUUUUUAUUGUAAAAUUAAAUGUUUAUUUGAAAUUAUAUGCAGAUACGAAAA